AUAUCCUCUUAGCAAGGUACCAACUGAUCUUUCUGAAAUUGAUGAUCUUAUUUCCGUUGUCUACGAUGUGCUUAUUGCAAAGCUCCGAAUUACUCAAUCUUUGGAAUAUUCAAAUAACCCAACUGAUAAAACUUCGAUUAACAGCAAUGAAGCUUUAAAGAAACGCUUAAAGAAAAAGGUUAUAAACCGACGACAAGAAAAUGAUGAUUAUGAAUUUCCGAGUUCACAGAAGACUCCCAAAAAAAGAAAG